AUGCUGAAGGCAGAGUUGGACAGAAUGGAAAAAAAGGAAAUAAUCACCAAAGUGACACGACCAACAGACUGGGAGAAUUCAAUUGUAAUCAAGGAAAAACCCAAUGGUACCCUACAGAUAUGCCUCGGCCCAAGGGACCUGAACAAGGCAUUAAAAAGAGAGUACCAUCCAAUUCCAACCCUUGAAGAAAUCACACCAUCAUUGGCUGGAUUCAAAUUAUUCAGCAAACUGGAUGCCAGUAAUGGGUAUUGGAAUGUAAAGAUAGACAAAGAGUCAUCCAACCUCACUACCUUCAACACACCAUUUGGCAGAUAUCGAUUCAACCGACUCCCAUUUGGAUUGAAGGUGAGCCAAGAUGUUUUCCAGCGCCAAAUAGAUGAGACCUACCAAGGCUGUAAGGGAGCAAUUGGAAUAGCAGAUGACAUCCAAGUGCAUGGCAAGGAUGAGACUACACAUGACUUGAAUUUACAUGAAGCUAUGGAGAAAACCCGACAAGUAGGCAUCAAACUCAAUGCAGACAAGUGUGUGAUAAAAGCAAAGGAGUGCAAAUUCUUUGGAAUUAUAUACUCUGCAGAGGGAGUUAAACCAGACCCCACUAAAGUGGAAGCCAUCAGAGACAUUAAAGAACCCAAUGACAAGAAGGAACUCAGGAGCUUCCUGGGACUCAUCCACUACAUGGGAGCCUUCAUACCCAAGCUGGCCGAUCACACUGCAAAUCUCCGAGAUAUAAACAAAGAUGACGUAUAG